AUGGAGCGGCGCUGGCCCCUGGGGCUCGGGCUGCUGCUGCUGCUCUGCGCCCCGCUGCCCCCGGGGUCGCGCGCCGAGGAAGUCACUUUGAUGGACACAAGCAUGGCACAAGGAGAGUUGGGCUGGCUGCUGGAUCCCCCAGAGGAUGGGUGGAGUGAGGUACAACAGAUGCUGAAUGGGACACCCCUAUACAUGUACCAGGACUGCCCAGUGCAGGAAGGUGGAGACACUGACCACUGGCUUCGCUCCAAUUGGAUCUACCGAGGGGAGGAGGCUUCACGUGUCCAUGUAGAGCUGCAGUUCACUGUACGUGACUGCAAGAGUUUCCCUGGGGGAGCUGGGCCUGUGGGCUGCAAGGAGACCUUCAACCUUCUGUACAUGGAGAGUGAACAGGAUGUAGGCAUUCAACUCCGACGGCCCUUGUUCCAAAAGGUAACUACAGUGGCCGCAGACCAGAGCUUCACCAUUCAAGACCUUGCAUCUGGCUCUGUGAAGCUCAAUGUGGAGCGCUGCUCCUUGGGCCACCUGACCCGCCGCGGUCUCUACCUUGCUUUCCACAACCCAGGUGCCUGUGUGGCCCUGGUGUCUGUACGGGUGUUCUACCAGCGCUGUCCUGAGGCUGUACAUGGCUUGGCCCAAUUUCCUGACACUCUCCCUGGACCUGGCGGGUUGGUAGAAGUGUCUGGGACCUGCCUGCCCCAUGCACAGAUCACUCCUGGACCUUCUAGUACACCCCGCAUGCACUGCAGCCCUGACGGCGAGUGGCUGGUGCCCGUGGGCCGGUGCCACUGUAAACCUGGCUAUGAGGAAGGCAGUGGUGGCAUGGGAUGCAGUGUCUGCCCUAGUGGCUCCUAUCGGACUGACUUGAACAUACCCCAUUGUCUCAAGUGCCCCCAACACAGCACAGCAGAGUCUGAGGGGGCCAUCAUCUGUACCUGUGAGAGUGGCCAUUACCGAGCCCCUGGGGAGGGCCCUGAGGUAGCAUGCACACGUCCUCCGUCUGCUCCCCAAAACCUGAGUUUCUCUGCAUCAGGGACUCUGCUCUCUCUACACUGGGAACCCCCAUCAGACACAGGGGGACGCCAGGAUGUCAAAUACAGUGUGGAAUGUUUCCAGUGUAGGGCCACAGCACAGGAUGGGGGGCCCUGCCAGUCCUGUGGGACAAGUGUGCGCUUUUCCCCAGGGACUGGGGGGCUCACCAUGCCUACUGUGCGAGUCGAAGGCCUUGAACCUUAUGCCAACUAUACCUUUAAUGUCAAAGCCCAAAACAGAGUGUCAGGGAUGGACAACUCCAGUCCUGCCAGUGCCUCCCUCAGCAUCAACAUGUGGCAUGCAGAGUCACUAUCAGGUCUAUCUCUAAGGCUGGUGAAGAAAGAACCAAGGCAGCUGGAGCUGACCUGGGCAGGGUCCCGGCCCCGCAGUCCUGGGGGGAACCUGAGCUAUGAGCUGCAUGUACUGAACCAGGAUGAAGAAUGGCACCAGAUGGUUCUAGAACCUAGGGUCUUAUUGACAAAACUGCAGCCAGAUACCACAUACAUCGUCAGAGUGAGAAUGUUGACUCCACUGGGUCCUGGCCCUUUCUCCCCUGACCAUGAGUUUCGGACCAGCCCACCAGUUUCCAGGAGCCUGACUGGAGGAGAGAUUGUUGCCAUCAUCUUUGGGCUGCUGCUUGGUCUAGCUCUGCUGCUCGGGAUUCAUGUCUUCCGUUCAAGAAGAAGCCAUCGGCAAGGACAGCAGAGGCAGCGUGACCAUGUUGCUGAUGUUGAUCGAGAGGACAAGUUGUGGCUGAAGCCCUACGUGGACCUCCAGGCCUAUGAAGACCCUGCUCAGGGGGCCUUGGACUUCACCCAGGAGCUUGACCCAGGCUGGCUGACUGUGGACACAGUCAUAGGGGAAGGAGAGUUUGGGGAAGUCUAUCGAGGGACUCUGAGGCUCUCCAGUCAGGACUGUAAGACUGUGGCCAUUAAGACCUUGAAAGACACAUCCCCAGAUGGCCAGUGGUGGAACUUCCUUCGUGAGGCGACCAUCAUGGGCCAGUUCAACCACCCACAUAUUCUGCAUCUGGAAGGCGUUAUCACAAAGAGAAAGCCCAUCAUGAUCAUCACAGAAUUUAUGGAGAAUGGAGCCCUAGAUGCUUUCCUGAAGGAGCGGGAGGAUCAGCUGGUCCCUGGGCAGCUAGUGGCCAUGCUGCAGGGCAUAGCAUCAGGCAUGAACUACCUCAGUGACCACAAUUAUGUCCAUCGGGACCUGGCUGCCAGGAACAUCUUGGUGAGUCAGAACCUGUGCUGCAAGGUGUCUGACUUUGGCCUCACCCGCCUCCUGGACGACUUUGAUGGCACCUAUGAAACCCAGGGAGGGAAGAUCCCCAUCCGUUGGACAGCCCCAGAAGCCAUUGCUCAUCGGAUCUUCACCACAGCCAGUGAUGUGUGGAGUUUUGGGAUUGUGAUGUGGGAGGUGCUGAGCUUUGGGGACAAGCCCUAUGGGGAGAUGAGCAAUCAGGAGGUAAUGAAGAGUAUUGAGGAUGGGUACCGGCUGCCCCCUCCUGUGGACUGCCCGGCCCCUCUGUAUGAACUCAUGAAGAACUGCUGGGCAUAUGACAGUGCCCGUCGGCCCCACUUCCUCCAGCUACGGGCACAUCUGGAGCAAUUGCUUACCGACCCCCACUCUCUGAGAACCGUCGCCAACUUUGAUCCCAGGGUGACUCUCCGCCUGCCCAGUUUGAGUGGCUCUGAUGGGAUCCCUUAUCGAAGUGUCUCUGAGUGGCUUGAGUCUAUUCGCAUGAAGCGCUACAUCCUGCACUUCCGCUCAGCGGGGCUGGACACCAUGGAGUGUGUGCUGGAGCUGACAGCCGAGGACCUGACGCAGAUGGGAAUCACACUGCCAGGGCACCAGAAGCGUAUUCUUUGCAGUAUUCAGGGGUUUAAGGACUGAGCAGCUAAAGCAGAGAUACCUCAGCCCUCCCCUGCCCUCAGGGAACAAGGACAGGGCCAUUGUCAACUCCUUGGGCCCUUCUUCAACCUACAAGAUGUAGGCUUUUGGUGCUGCUCCUGCCCACUCUUCUAGGA